UGCAUGGAGUGAGAGCAGUCAGUGAAUCGCGGAGCCUAACAGAGCAACAUUAAAGCUCCGGCUUGCCCACCUCACGUGAAGGACACGUACUCAUCAGAACCAGGAGUUCUGCGUGGGGUCUGCUCACUGUCAGUCACUUCGUUUUUUGUCAGGGACAGACAGAUAAAGUGAGGAGGGGUCGGAGAGCAGCUCUCACGGGAGCGUCUGCGGCUCUAGAGAGCUGUCACUUUCUGUGUGCAUGUGUGCUGCUGCGCAGGGAGAUUACCAUUACGCACAGUGUGCGGGGCGACGCACAUUGUGCGGGGCGCAGUGUUGGUGAUGCAUUGAGUCGGGAGAGGAGCAGCAGGGAGCAGCGACUGUCAGCGCGGACUCUCAGCACCAGAACCUGCAGAACAGGGGGAACUGUUAUGUGCGCUGUUCGGGAUUCGGACUCAUUGAUCCACCGCUGACUGACGAUGAAAUAUGCGCACCGCUGAACAAAGGAUUUAGGGGAAAACGUUAGGGUAUCCUCCAUAAUUUAAUCCCCACACCCUUUACGCAUUUGCCUCUCCCACUUGGAUUGUCGUCGAUGCCCCCUUUCCGCCUCUGAGGACAGCAAAUAAGGGCUGAAUUACCGCUUUCCUUCGGUUGGAAGGCUCCAGCAAGGGAAACCAUCUGGGCUCCUCGUAUAAAAGUCCAUGUGGACACAGAGAGGAGCAAUAAACACGGCGGGCAGAGCUCAUUUCGAAAUGUGACUUCUUCCCAUUUUUAUUCUCAGCAAACCUCACAACAGUGCAUCCUUCUGCAAUCAAUUCCCCAUCUGUUUACAUCGAUCAAGUCGGACGGUUGCUGAGCGAAUGAAUAUGGCGGUCCCACCGGUGCUCCUGCUGCUGCUGUUGACUGUUGCUCAUCACUCCAAGGGUCAAUAUGCGACUGAACAGGAGAGUCUACCAAGAGGCUGCGGCUGGGGCCUCGUGCGCCCGUACACCCUUCUCUGUGACCUGGACUCUAUUUGGGGUGUUGCUGUUGAAUCUGUGGCCGCUGGUGGGGUUCUGGCUGCCAUCUUACUCGCCCUUGUCCUGCUCUGCCGUUUACGUCACAUCAGCGAGGCAGAGAAGCGCAGCGGUGUGGGUCCCAUACUCCUGCUGCUCCUCGGCAUUCUUGGCUUGUUCGGCCUGAGCUUUGCUUACCUGAUAGAGGAGGAUGAGUCCCUCUGUCUAGUCCGCAGGGCCUUGUGGGGCCUCCUUUUCGCAGUCUGCUUCUCUUGCUUGCUGGUUCAAGGUGUCCGUCUGCGCAGGCUGGGUCGGGAACGUCGAAGCCCUGGAGGCUGCGCACUCACAGGCCUAGCACUGGGUUUGAGUGCAGUGCAGGGCAUCAUUGCUGCCGAGUGGCUACUUCUGACCGUGCUGAGGGAGGGAAGAGCGGCCUGUCAGUACCUGCCUUUGGACUUCUCACUAGCCUGCAGCUACGUUCUUGCCUUGCUACUAGCUGCCCUGACAGCCGCUUCGGUGGCUCUGUGCGGGAAGACGCACCACUGGCGCUGCAACGCUAUCUGGCUCCUGGUGACCUGCCUACUGUCUGUGCUACUGUGGGUGGCCUGGGUGGGCUUCUAUCUAUACGGCAAUGACUGGCUUGGCAGAUCUCCGGACUGGAAUGACCCGGCGUUGGCAAUCGCUUUGGUGGCUCAAGGCUGGUUGCUGCUGAUCUUCCAUGCCAUUCCUGAAUCCCACACCUGCCUAAAGCCCCCACCACAGCCCACUGCCCCAGACUAUUUCGACACAUCGCAGAACUCAACGCGGAUGAGGGAGACGAGCUUCGAUGAGGACAUCCCUCUCUCACACAGGCAGUUUGUGGAGAACCAGGGCUACGGAUACAGCGAUGAGAACACUGCAGGACUGAGGAGUGGAGGUGCUGCCGGGCAGCACAACAGCAACACCGGCGCCAGGCCUAGCGCUCCUUUCCGAAGCAACGUCUACCAGCCCACCGAGAUGACCAUGAUUCUAAACGGGGGAGCGGUGAGUACAGCCUCCCAGUCACAGGUGCCCUCGGCCCCUCCCACUUACACGGGGAGGCAGCUGUGGUGAGCGAGGCGUUUGGAAAGAAGAUGUAUGAUCAAAAAAAAAAGGAGAAGAAGUGGGUGUGGAGGGAGGGAAGGGAGGCUCCAGGUUGGAUUGGACUUGUGGGAAUGGAUUUACAACGCAGAUGCCUGCAGAGCCCUUUCACUCUGUACAAACUUUAGUACCGUAACACUGACUGUGUGCCAAUCAAUGUAUGUAUGUGUGUGAGAGAGAAAGCAGUUCAUGGAGGACAGAGCUAAACUCUUUCUAUCAUCUCCACUUAUUCAUAAGCUUCAGUCCAGCAAAAUUGAGCUUUUGCUGACUAGAACAUGAAACCAUCAACUGAGUUUGUCCUGUUUUUGGACUGAUCUGUUCCUCUGACACCACAUCCUUAAAAUCUGUGAAGCCUAAAGUUUCUUCCGGCUCUCAUCCUGUCAGGCAGGAUGUCUCUUCUGCUGCUCCACACAAUACAGGCGCCCUUGUGGAAACAUUUGGCUCUGCCCUCCACCCAUCCACACUAGGGCCACAUGGGCAGCUAUAGAGCUGGUGCAUCGCCCUUGUAAAAAAUAAGCUGGCUUGUGUAGGUGUAGAACAUCUGAAAGGAAACUGUGUGAGUGUUCCCAUCCCACUCCAACAAACCCUCCAGACUGUUAGGCCUGGCCUUUGUGUUCACCUAACACAUGACUCUCCUCACCUGGACUCAUCCUCUCACCUGCAUGAACAAAAACUGUGAACUGGAUCAAAAAACACCCUCGACAAGCACAGAGACAUAAAACAGCAGUUUGGAACACCUGAAUGAGGGGAUUGGAUGAGGAGGGCGUCAGUCCCGAGCGAGGAGGUGCCGCCUUGUGAAUCUAGGUCAGACUGCUUUGCUCCCACAUCUCCAGUGGCCACUGGCGGAGAGCGGCGGCAACAAGAGUGUCACUUUAAAUCAGCAGGAAACAGAGCGAGGAUAUGAAAUAAGCAACUCCUGGUUCCUCUGUCUGUUUUCACGAGAGCUUCAUAAGUGUUAGUGGAAAAAAAAUCAGAGUCCAAGUUGCUUUCUGGUGCUAAAUAUUCCUGCACACAACUGUGGUGAGGCAAAGAAUUAACACCUGUGUGGAUGGUCAAGCCACAACUUCCAGACUACAGUUAUAUUUAGUUGUGUGGAGAUAUUCUAGAGCCUUAGAAAGAUCAGAUUUACACAGCAAAAAGGCAGCGGGAUCAAAUAUAAUAGGAGGGUGCAACGAAAGGAGGUAUCUGGAGGUCUGAUGGGAGUCUACAGUGUAUUCUUCAGUUGUGUCUAUGUGAUAAAAUGGCUCCCUGGACCAUUCAGUCUCUCCCUCCUCCUCCUCCUUCUCAUCUUCCUCCUGUCUCUCUGUGAUCUGCCAUUACGCCAGUCCCAGUGCCAAGAAGGACUCUCUUUCACCAGAGUCUGUUUCACUCCCUUCCCCUUUAUCAUGGCACCAGCUCACCUGAAAAGCUGUGUACAUAUUAGUGCAGUAAAGCUUUGCUUGCUUCUUUACUUUUUUUUUUUGGGUCAGACCAUAAGCUGAAUAUAAACUCCAGUAAAGCACUGAAGGACCGACCACCACAAAACAGAUUUUUUAUUUUUUGCUGGCUUCAUGCUUUUAUUUUUUUUCUCUCAUUUUUAAAUAGGUUUUUUUGAGUGUGUUGCCAACUCUAGAUAGGCUUUUAUUUUUUAAAUUAAUAUCAAUGCAAAUUAAAUGAAUUACGUAGUCAGUACCUCUAAUUCUUAGUCAGAGCGGUGGGGAUAUAAACGUACUUAUUUUGGGAAAGAUUUAGAAAAAGGGAUAAUUGCUGUGAAUAAUUCAGCUUUGAGCAGCAAACAGAGACUAAUUUAGUCAAAUGUUGGGGUAAUUUAAGCACAGCCAACUAAAAAGUCACUCAAGUGAGCCAUGGACGAGGAAAGAAGUCAGGGUCAGGCCUCGACUGCUGCUGUAUGUUUACGUCAUACACACUGGCUAAGCUAAGACAGGAUUGUCAGUUACAGUCCAGCUGGUCAGAUCCACACAGGAGGAAGUAUCCUCAGGGUUUUGGACGGUUAGCACCAAGUCUCAUCACAGAGUCGAGGUGGGAGGUUUCCAUUUUUUUGACGUUUUCACUCAAUGUGAAGUACAAUGCAUUAAAAAAGAAAACCCUACAUGAUGUGACUUCGUAGAUUUUGCACUCCUCAAAUACUUAUCUGUGCAUGCUUAUCACACCAUUUCAACAUGCAAGACCUUUCUCAGAUGUACUUUUCAAUACUAACUCUAUUUAUGUAAAGGUCAUGUGACAGCAGUCAUGAUUUACGUGUAUAUCAGAUGACACACUUAAUAUAAUGUCUGUGCUUUCUUAAACAUGAAAGGGAGCUGGUUCUUGUGAAGCAAAGAGAUUAAAACAUGAAGGAAAUGGUCCAAAACGAAGGUCCCCUUCAUCAGUGGAUCUAACAUCUUCCUCUGCAGGGUUUGAACACUUGAAGGAUUAAAAAAAAAAAGAAUCUUUGGACUGAUUUUGUCUCUGUGUUUGAAAUUACGUAGACAGUGGUGAAAUUUGCACAAAACUUCAAUGUUAAGUUCGUCGUCCCCUGCAGCCCAUCCGAACACUCAUCCUCCCCGGGCUCGACACGUCCUUGCUUGUCCUCUCCUGGUUUCUAUCGCCUUCAGGCUGUUCCAGUCGAUCAGCUGACGGGUAGUAUUGGUUUUCACAGCUAUGACUGUGCAGUGACGCAGCAUGCCUAUGUAUUACAAAUUUGAUUCCCCUCAUUAAAAAAAAAAAAAAAAAAAAGACUGUUGUUUCUGUAACUGAUUCAGAAAAAAGUUCAAUAAAAGUGUCAUGUUUGUAGUUAACUUUUUAUUUGAUCUGGUGUUUUUUUCUGAAAGUGGUUUCGAAAUAAAAAACAAAAAUACAUUUUUUUUAA